AUGCCGCUCGGGGAUAAGCCAGGAUGGGAGAAGUCGGAAUCUCGUUACUGUGGAGUGGAGGCGGAGUUCGACGAUGACAUAGCUAACCUUCUCUCUUUCAAUCUGAACCUCGGCGCAUUCGAUUUUGUCGUCGCUCCUCUGAUGAACCCAACCUACCGGCCUAGUCUACUGCAGGCAAACAGUGGUGGAACUUGUGUCCUGCCAUUUGCUGGGUCCGACCUCGUCUUGAGUCCGUCUCAGUGGAGCAGUCAUGUUGUGGGAAAGAUUAGUCAGUGGAUUGAUUUGGAUUCUGAAGAUGAAACUCUUCGGAUGGAUUCCGAAACAACUUUGAAGCAGGAGAUAGCAUGGGCUAAUCAUCUUUCCUUACAGGCAUGCCUUCUUCCCUCUCCAAAGGGCAAGUCAUGUGCAAACUAUGCUAGGUGUGUAAAUCAGAUUUUACAAGGCCUAAACAAUAUACAGUUGUGGCUUAGGAUUCCCCUAACAAAGAUUGAUGAUGCUUCUAUGGAUGGGAAUUCUGGUGAAUUGGUUGAUUCAUGGGAACAGUGGAAUUCCUUCCGUAUUCUGUGUGAGCAUCACAGUCAGCUUUCUGUGGCAUUGGAUGUUCUGAGUUCCUUACCGUCAGUCCACUCACUUGGUCGUUGGUUUGGCGAAUCUGUCAGGGCCGCUAUAAUUAGUACCGAUUCUUUUCUCACCAAUGCCCGAGGCUAUCCAUGUUUGUCAAAGCGCCACCAGAAUCUGAUUUGGGGCUUCUUCAAUCACUCAAUACAGGUUGUUGUCUCUGGAACUUCUUUGCGCAACACUGCUGCCCCAGGUUCAGAUUUGGUCACUAAUCAUUCAAGUGAUAAUGUUGAAAAUUUGCAGAAACAUCCACUUAGGUCAUACUUGGACUACAUUGGUUAUCUCUUUCAGAAGAUGGAUCCUCUUCCGCAACAAGAACGUUAUGAGCUUGGUUACAGGGAUUUCUUGCAGUCCCCUUUGCAACCGUUAAUGGAUAACCUAGAGGCCCAAACAUACGAGACAUUUGAAAAAGAUUCUAUGAAGUACAUGCAGUACCAAAGGGCUGUCUCUAAAGCUUUGCUGGAUAGAGUCCCUAAUGAGGAGGCCAAUGUAACCACUGUACUUAUGGUAGUAGGAGCUGGACGUGGUCCUCUUGUGAGGGCAUCUUUGCAGGCUGCUGAAGAAACAGGACGCAAAAUAAAAGUUUAUGCAGUGGAGAAAAAUCCAAAUGCUGUUGUCACACUCCACAGUUUGGUAAAGCUGGAGGGAUGGGAGGGCAUUGUAACCAUCAUUUCUUGUGAUAUGCGCUACUGGGAUGCACCUGAGAAAGCAGAUAUCUUGGUAAGUGAACUGUUGGGUUCCUUUGGUGAUAACGAGCUGUCACCUGAGUGUCUUGAUGGUGCCCAGAGGUUCCUGAAGGAAGAUGGAAUCUCGAUACCAUCAUCGUACACUAGUUUCAUCCAACCGGUGACAGCAUCAAAGUUGUAUAAUGAUGUUAAGUCACACAGGGAUCUUGUGCACUUUGAGACUGCGUACGUUGUCAAAUUGCACAAUAUAGCAAGACUUGCUCCACCACAAUCUGUAUUUGAAUUUACUCAUCCAAAUAACUCUACUACAAAAAGCAAUGAACGUUACAAAAAGCUUUUGUUUGAACUACCUAAUGACACUGGAUCAGCAAUGGUUCACGGAUUUGCUGGCUAUUUUGAUGCAGUGUUGUACAAAGAUGUGCAUCUUGGAAUUGAACCAUCAACCGCGACACCAAAUAUGUUUAGCUGGUUUGCAAUAUUCUUCCCAUUGAGGACCCCAGUAUGCAUGAAACCGGGGUCUUCUCUAGAAGUACACUUUUGGCGCUGUUGUGGAUCUUCCAAGGUCUGGUAUGAAUGGUGCGUGGCAGCUCCGACUCCUAGUGCUAUGCACAAUACUAAUGGUCGAUCGUACUGGGUUGGCCUUUAA